CAAUUUUACAAUUUCAGUGCAAAUAUUAUUCAGUUCUUGUUCUUCACGCAUCCACUUUAGUCCAUACAAAUGCAGCAGUCGUUUCAGAAUUACGAAAUCUAUAUAUAGUUAUAUUGGAAACCCCAACAUUGUUGACACAACCCACCCGAGAGUAGCGGUCACGCCCUGGGUAGCUGCUGGCCAGGUCUCACUAAAACUUCAUGUUUACGAUGGAUUCUCAGACAACUCGCCGCACACAACCCUAGAGCGCUACACUCGUCCAGUCAUAGUCUCCCACUCCAGCACACUGGUCCUGGUUCUGUCCACAGGCACACGUUCAGCAGAAUGCUGCUACCAUGCUGGGUUCAAGGCUCGCUUUUACUUGGUCUCAGAACAAGAAUGGACAGAGCGGCCAGACUCCUCCUGCAGCGAAUCACAUCCCAUGCAGGGCGGAGGCAUCAUAUCGUUCACGGGGGCCACCUCCACAGAGCCCAGGUUCUACGACUGUGUGUGGCUGAUCAAGCGGUACAACACACACAACACGGCGGACGCUGUUGUGCUGAGGCUUCGGGAGGUCCUGCUUGGGGAUGGUUGGCUGCAGUUUGGCCGAAAGAACAGCCUGGAAAUCCGGAAAGGAGUCAGUUCUGAGGCCCCACUACUGGCUCGGUACACAGCUCGCAACCUCACGGACAUUAGCCUGGCCUACACAUCACAGGAGGGGCUGUACCUUCGACUGAGGGGCGGAUACUACAGCACAGAUAAACUCUCGUUCACGUAUACUGCUGUGAAAAAUGUGACUGGAGACGGUGAAGGCUGUCCUGGUUACUUUGAUUUCCUGUGUCGCAACUUGUUGUGUAUCGACCAGGAACUGAUGUGUGACGGAGUCGAUCACUGUGGGGAUAACUCGGACGAACAUCCGUCUGUUGACUGCUCUGUAUCAGGUUUGUGGAAACAUAGCUUCAAGUGGAGUAUGCCUUAUAUGG